UUAAAAGACCUGGAAGCGCCGGGAUUUUAUUUCUCUAGAACACAAAUCAGCGAGUUGGUUGCACGACACGCCCGCCUCCAGUGACCGCCAGGGUUGGACCGUGUGUGAUGCUGAAGUUACUAUUUUGGGUUGAAAGCGAAGCUGUAUCAGCUUCAGUGGCGCAAACAAGGCUCGCGCUGAGUGCUGCUUACUGCUGAGACAACGCUUCGCAUGCACGUUCUGAUUUACGUUACCGUGUCUUUUGACGUCCAAAAAAAAAGCACAGAACUCCUAUCUCUUCAGAGUGGUGACUAACAUACCAGCCAUCUUGUCCCACUCAUAUUUCUGAUUUAAUCCAAUUCAGCCAUGCCUAAGAGCAGUAAAGUGACACAGCGUGAGCACAGCAUUGAGCAUGUCACCGAGUCUGUGGCUGACCUGCUGGCCCUGGAGGCCCCUAUGGACUAUAAAAGUAGCCAGAUGAGCAUGAGCAUGCCUGGUGGAGGUACAACACCAAAGCCUGACAUCUCACCAGACCUGGAGGAUGGCCGGCCAGCAUGGAACAAUAAGUUACAGUACAUCCUAGCCCAGGUGGGCUUCUCGGUGGGACUGGGCAAUGUUUGGCGCUUUCCUUACUUGUGCCAAAAGAACGGAGGAGGUGCAUACCUUGUCCCCUACUUCAUUCUCCUCAUCCUCAUUGGCAUCCCACUUUUCUUCCUGGAAUUGGCAGUGGGUCAGAGGAUCCGAAGGGGAAGCAUUGGGGUCUGGAAUUAUGUUUGCCCUCGACUGGGUGGCAUCGGCGUGUCAAGCCUAAUGGUAUGUGGCUUUGUAGGUCUGUACUACAAUGUAAUUAUUGGCUGGAGCAUAUUCUACUUCUUCCAGUCAUUCCAGUCCCCUCUACCCUGGGCUGAAUGUCCCAUCCGAAGAAAUGGAAGCCAAGCCAUUGUAGAGCCAGAAUGUGAGAAAAGCUCUGCCACCACAUAUUUUUGGUAUCGUGAGACACUAAACAUAACCAGUUCUAUUGCUGACAGUGGAGGGCUGAACUGGAAGAUGACUCUAUCUCUGCUGGGUGCUUGGAUCAUUGUCUGCUUGGCUGUCAUCAAGGGCAUCCAGUCUUCUGGAAAGGUGAUGUACUUCAGCUCCCUGUUCCCGUAUGUAGUGCUCUUUUGCUUCCUGGUACGUGGAUUGUUUCUUAAGGGCGCUGUAGAUGGCAUUGCUCAUAUGUUCACACCAAAGCUGGAGCUCAUGCUGGAACCUCAAGUAUGGCGUGAGGCUGCAACGCAGGUCUUCUUCGCUUUGGGUCUCGGUUUCGGUGGAGUCAUUGCUUUCUCCAGCUACAACAAGAGGGAAAACAACUGCCAUUUUGAUGCUGUCUUGGUGUCUUUUAUCAAUUUCCUCACCUCCAUCCUGGCCACGCUGGUGGUGUUUGCUGUGCUUGGUUUCAAGGCCAACAUCAUGAACGAAAAAUGUGUGGUGGAGAAUGCUGAGAAGAUUUUGGGCUACCUGAACUCCAACGUGCUGAGUCAUGAUCUGAUCCCUGCUCAUAUUAAUUUCUCCCACCUCUCCUCAUCAGACUAUGCUGAGAUGUAUGAAGUGAUUAAAAUUGUGAAGGAGGACAGUUUUGCUCAGCUGGGCCUGCAGCAGUGUCUACUGGAGGAUGAACUCAACAAGGCUGUUCAAGGCACUGGUUUGGCCUUUAUUGCUUUUACAGAGGCAAUGACACACUUCCCAGGAUCUCCAUUUUGGUCUGUGAUGUUCUUUUUUAUGCUGAUUAACCUGGGUCUGGGAAGCAUGAUUGGCACAAUGACUGGCAUCACUACUCCCAUACUCGACACCUUCAAAAUACGCAAGGAAAUACUGACUGUGGUCUGCUGUAUCAUUGCAUUUUUCUGCGGCCUGUUAUUCGUCCAGCGAUCAGGAAAUUAUUUCGUCACCAUGUUUGAUGACUACUCUGCUGGUCUUCCUCUCACAGUUGUAGUCAUCCUGGAAAAUAUAUCUGUGGCCUGGAUUUAUGGCACCAAAAGGUUCGUGCAGGAUCUAGAAGAUAUGCUGGGUUUUAAACCAUACAGAUUCUACUUUUAUCUGUGGAAGUAUGUGUCUCCAGCCUGCCUCCUUGUACUUAUUACUUCCAGUAUAAUUGAGAUGGCUGUUAGUCCAAUGGGAUACAAUGCAUGGAUUCAGGACCUGGCGGAAGAGCGAUUUCAAAGCUACCCUCCAUGGGCUCUUGUCAUGUGUUUUGCUCUCAUCUUCGUAGCUAUGCUUCCUCUGCCAUUGGUCUUCAUUGCACGCCACUUUAACUGGAUUCCCGAUGGCUCCAACAAACUGUCCGUCUCUUACCGCAAGAGUCUGACAAAGGACACCUCCAACCUAGAGGAUGAGACACGGUUCAUCCUUGGCAAAAACACCAGCGAUACGCCCUCCCCCAUGCCCAGCCACCGGGCCUACCUUGGCCCAGGCAGCACAUCACCUGUGGAGCUUAUCACCAACUCCACCUCCAUCAGUGGCUAUGGAAGUAGCUACCAGACCAACCCUGUGCCACCUAAAUCUGAGUCAUGAGCUUCAACAUAUUCUGAAGGUAUCACCCACCAAAGACUGAAAAAUAAGAAGGAAAAAGGUAUAAAAAGACACAGCAUUUAUCAAAAUUUUAUUGAGGCCAUACAGGAACAAAGGGAUGAUGUGUUUUUGUGUGUGUGUUUGUGUGUGUGUGUGUGUGUGUGUGUGUGUGUGUGUGUGUGUGUGUGUGUGUGUGUGUGGGGGUGAUCCCUGAAUAAUGGAGAAUGAAAGAAAGGAAAGAAGUAAACAGUCACCCAGGAACAUUCUCCAUAUCUUGUCCAGUUGCAAUUAGCAAUCUCUCUCUCUAUGACCUACACAUUUGGACUAAAGGCAUUUCCACAGAAUAGGCGGUGGAUAAAAAUAAAAGCAUGGAAUCAUCCACAUGCAUUCUUGCAAAAUUUCAUACUAAAUUUUACACAUGCUAUAGGUAAGAUGGUCUUUGGGUCUAGUAAUACUUUGGAGGGGGUGGGUUUCAUGCACAAAGUAAGUUUUUUAGUAGGUUUCUUUCUGUUGCAUCUGUUGUUCAUGCCUAGGUUGAGGUGUAAAAACUGGUAAAUAGAGAUUCACUAUAUAUUUAUUUAUUUGUUUGUUUAUUUAUUUAUUUUCAGUAUAAUACUGAUAUCACAGUUCACAUACUUUUUAUGAGAACUCCCAAACAAUUCCACACAUAAUACAUUUCAUCCUGUGAAGUAAAUUGCCUGUUAAUAUCAAGCACAUUGAAAACAAAAACAGAUGUGUUCGCUGCAGCGUAGCGUACAUAUAUAGUGUAUAUCGUAAGUCCAGGACUACCUGUAUUUAAAAAAUUCACAUAAACCCUAGGCCAAUCAUGAGCGUUUGUAAAGUCAUGCAUGUGAACGAGAGCUGAAUUUCCUUUGUCAAGUGUAGUCAGUUGUUCUGUGACACAAUAUGAACAGCAGUUUCACAUGUCUCCAACUAAGCACAUGCUAGCAUUCACCCACAAUGUUACCUUGCUAGCAAAUAAUUCAACAAUCAGGUGGCUUCAAUCAUAUUUAAUCAGAUGUUUAAUAUUACUCCAGGUGUACAUUAGUGCACUGUUUUGUAAGGAAAAUUAAUUUAAAAAAGCACAUUAAACUUGGACAAGUAGUAGAACAGAGAGAAAUGUACUGUAUAGAAAUUAUUGUUGUAAUCCAUAGUAUUUACUACAACUGUUGUCCUGUCUAUAUGUUUAUGCCCAUAGAUUACUAGGCCCAGAACAAUUUACUCAUAGAGUACUGACUAAAUCAUUCCACUCGGGGGCACUAUAUGCAUCACAAACCCCCAAAUUGCAUCUAGUUUUGAUGCAAUGUCAUGCACACACACACACACACACACACACACACACACACACACACACACACACACAGUAUCACACAGCAUGCCUUUGUUGCUGUAAAAUAUGUUGCCACACUUUAUAUUUCAGAUUUAGGUACAUCUAGUUUUAGUAUUCACAAGCCUGCCAGAUGUGGAGCAAGUGAUCAGCAGAAAAAAGAAGCACAUUUAACAUGUUGGGUUGCAAUAAUACUGAAGCAUUGUUCAUCUGGCACAGCAGUUUUAAAUACAUAUUCAAUCAAUAGUAUAUAGUACUAUAAAUAGAGCAGAUGACAGAAAAUAGCACAAAAUAGAAGAAAAAGAAUCUGUAAUAAUAAUAAUAAUAGUAAACUUUGAUAGGAUUUUGUACCUGUACUGUGAAUGUCCAGGUUUUUUCCCAAAAGACCUGCACAAGGGUCAUUGUCAAAUGGUAGAGUGAGCAUCACUUAAACUCUCCCUCUCAUCUAUCUCUCUCUCUCUCUCUCUCUCUCUCUCUCUCUCUCUCUCUCUCUCUCUCUCUCUCUCUCUCUCUCUCUCUCUCUCUUUUGCUUUCUUUCCCUUUCUAUCUAACAAGUAACAUGAUUGUAACUUAAUUUUAAGAAACAACACCAGUCAGUCUAAUUAGCUUAGGUAUUUACAGUGACCGUUUUUACUGAUAGAAUUUCUAGCACAGUCAGUAGCUUUAAUUUUUUUUUUAAUAAUGGUUUUUAUGUUGUUUAUAUAUAUUUUUUGCUUAGCCCAGAUUUAAAAUAAAUCUGUAAUUAUUCAAGAUUCUGUAGAAUAGCUACUGCUUCUGCAAAACUUGCAACGGAAAAUCGUUAAAUGUUUUAUUUGAAAUUCUAUAGAUGUUAUCGAUGUUGUUGUAGUAUAUCUAUAAUUUUAAACAAAAUGCACUGUAUUUUAAUAGUUACCGCCUGCAUAGGUUCAGUAGGAAAUUGGCUUUUGGAAAAAAUCAAGCAUAAAAGGUUUUGGAUUUUAUUUGAAUAUUGUUUAAUGUAGGCUUGCACAGACUAUACAUGAGAUAUAUCUAGGAUGUAUAUGGUAGACAUCACCUUCUUUGGAAAGGUCAUAGACUGUACGUCUAUCCCUCAAGCACAUAUGCACUUGACACUAAAAUACCUGUUCUGCAUCUUAGCAAAUAAUGCAGAGCAUUUGAUCACUUGGCCGCGCUGUGUUCGCUUCUCCUGCAAAUGCCAUAAUGAUUUGCAGUGUAAAAAUAGACCUGAACUUCAUGCUUCACAGUGGUAUUUCCCUAGGGAGCCUGUGUCCCAGACAGCAUGCUAACAAAUUCUCAUCGGGUGAGGUGGAGGGUAGAAGGCCCACAAUUCCCAGCACGAACAUGCUGUUCCUACACAACUCUUGUGGAACCCCUGGCAACAAACCCUUGCAUAAACAAGCAAAGGGCUUCCAUAGUCCCUGAGUGAGUGAAAGAAUUAAUGAAAUUUAUUAGGACAGAUACUACAUUCCUUUAGUUAGCCUACUCCUGAAAUGAUCAAUGUUUCAGUAUGUCACUACUUUAUAGCCUACUUUACAAUGCUGGGCAUAUAAUCAUCACUCAACAAUGCAAUUUACCCAAUCAGGUCUAGUGAGAUACUGUAGUUGUUCACAUUCUCUGUGUAAUAGCACAUUGUUACCACAGUGUGUCCUCAUUUACUGAUGAAUGGCUGUUUGAAGGUGUGUCUCUGUGCCUCUGUCCCUCUCCCUCCUUUUUCACCUCCACGGCAUUUCAGAAAUGUCAUCCCCACAUCUUCAUCCCCUGCUAAGUGGAAAUUCAGCACUUAGGAUUGUUCCCCCAAUACUCCUGUUUUUUAUUUGUCUGCAGCCAUUUUGCUGGCUUCUUUAAGACCAGUGCACUUUAUCUGUAAGACCCCUAACUUAGAUUUUCUAGGAAAAUCCUGACAAAGUGAUCGCUUUUUUAAUAACACACAGAAGCAUGAUUAAAAAGAAUGGACCAAGCAUCAUGUAAAGGUGAUGGUUACCUAUUUAUAUUUCCAUCAAAUUUAUCAUCAAAUAUUUGCCAUCUGUGACAAAUGAGGGCUGCCCAAAUAGCUCAGACAAAGACAGCAAAUCACACACACACACACACACACACACACACACACACACACACACACACACAAACAAAGCUGGAAGGAAGAGCCACAUUCUUACAUGCAAAGCACUUUGCUUAUAUGAUUUAUGUACAUAAAUAGCACUUUUACCCAUGUUUUCCAGUAGCACAUUAUAUAAUGUACAAAACAGGUUUUCAUUCAGGGUUACAAUUUUUUUUUUAGGGCAAAUCGAGAAUCAAGAAUUGCACAAAUACAGCUGUAUAUUUAAUUCAGUUAGAAUUCUGAACUGAUCCAAGUGAUUACAACUUUUGGGCCUCUGGCCAUUUCCAUUAAGUCUCACCAGUAGGACAAGCGAGUUCUAUUGUAAUUAACUUAUUUUCCUAAUAGAAAUCUUCAUUUAAGUGGUGUGAUUUUUAAGUGGUGCUGGAGGCCAUGGUAUUUGUGAGCAAGCUAUUAUUAUGUAUAUGUUUGUAAAUUGUGACACUAUUAUAACUGUAAAUAUGAGUGUACAUUUUGUUAAUUUACUGUGAAGAGUAUAUACUGUAUGACUAUACAAGCAAGUGUAUUCAUGUAUUAUUGAGUAUCUAUGAUGUACAUUGUAAACUUAGAAUAUCUAUUUUGUACAUGUGUGUACAUGUGUACGUAUUGUGUGUAAUUAUUGUGUCUGAUGUGUCCAUAUGUGUGUUGAAAAAGGCAGGGUGUGUUUUGUAUUGUUUUUUUUGUUUGUUUUUAAUAAUGUCAGUGUUGCUUUUACUGGUUCUUUAGUUGUAGAUGUAAGUGUAUGAUUUAAUGCCAUUUGGACUUCUGCACUCUACUCAGUGUGCUUUUUUCCAUAUUAUUAUUUGCUGCUGACAAUGUGUGGGAAAAAAAUCUGAACCUCUUGCACUUCUUAGUUUACCAAUAACAAUAUGGACAACAAUACGUAUUGCUCCUAUUUAUUGAAAUAUAAAACAGGCAAAGGAGAACAAUAAUAAUAAUAAAAAAAAAAUCAUAGGAACACACUCUGGAAGUGUGUCUUUUAUCGUUAUAGAUAUUUAUUGUGAACAUUAAUGUAUUUUAUUUAUGUUAAGUACUGCAAUGUUAUUAUUUUUUUAUUUACAGCAUUCAUGCAUUGUCAAUAGUUGUUUUAUUAGAUUUUUUUUUAAUCUUAAAAUGAUGUAAAGUCUCAAUGUAUGUGCUGUACUAGUUUUAGGUGCAAAAAGCAAUAUUUCUGCAGGCACUACAGCAAAUGUGGACCACAGAUGCCAGUGAGACAGAAGUGUGAGGUGAUAUCACGGUCACGGGGCAUGUUAGGACCAGCACUGACGCUGUUGUUGAUGGAGUAGCUGUUUUCACAAAAUGAAAAACUGCCAUAAUGCACAUUAGGCGUUUUCACUUGAUAUGACCCCACAACACCCCACGCCUUGUUCAUAAGGGUGAAAAGAACAUGAAUAUGCUAGCCACACUCUUAGCUGUACCAAGGACUCUUCUGAUGUCAGUGUCAUUGAUAUUGUACAGUAUUUCUGAUACACUUGGAAACAAAAGGAACUAUAUGACUACUGUAUAUGGUCUAUCACAAAAUCAUCAAUAAAGAGUUUAUUCUCA